UAUCCAGAGAAUUUAGCCAAAUUGAAAGCGAUGGCUGGUGACAUUCUGGAGGAGAACUUUGGUCUAUCUGAUGAACACAUUAAGACCCUGCAGAGGGAGUGCCAGAUUGUGUUUCAUGGUGCAGCUAGCGUAAGGUUCAAUAUGUCUCUGAAGGAUGCUGUCAACUUGAACAUCGCGGGAACAUACCGGGCGCUGCGGUUGGCUGAGGGGAUGUCCAAACUCGAGGUGUUUGUGCACAUCUCGACGUCGUACUGCCGCUCCGACGUGCAGGUUCUGGAGGAGAAGUUGUAUGCCUGCAGGCACAACGCACACCACUUGAUGGAGCUGGUGCAGUGGAUGGAACCCGAACUCCUAGACUUGCUGCAGAAGAAAAUAACGCUGCCGGAACCCAACACGUAUGGCUACACCAAGUGUAUUGCCGAGGGUCUGGUAGCGGAGUACAACGGGAGGUUCCCCAUCGUGCUGGCUAGACCCUCCAUUGUGACCAGAAUGUAUGAAGAGCGAAACCGGUCACUGUUGGAAGAAGACAGUUCUGACACUGAUUACGAAGAUGGAAAUGACAACGAGGUGCAAGACGCAGUUGAGACACAAGAAAAAACUUAUCACACUGAGCAAGAAGAUGAUGAAGAAGACGAGACCGAAGUUUCGGCUGAGGUGGAAGACCGUUAA